AUGUAUGUCAUCUCAUCCAAUGUUCGCAGUGCAUUCGGGCUCUCCAUUGUGGGUACUAUUUCCGGCAUCUUGUCUGCCCUGGCCGGACCUGCGGCUCCCAUCGUAGUGCCGAUAGUGGCAAGCGUUGUGAUCGCGAACUGGGUUUACGAGGCGUAUCAACGGUCCUGCGCGGCGCUCCAGCGCUCCAUGAAGUACAUCAUCGACUUAACUCCUGUGUUGCAGACGUUAUAUCUUGUGUCGGAAAACCAGGAAUUGAUUCGUAGGAUUAUCAAGCUCGCGAGCAAGUCCUACCACGAGUCGCCGACGAGCAGAGAAGUGCAUGUUCGGAUUCAGGAGUAUGAUAGGCAGUCGACCUUCCUGGAACGCGCAGACCGCGGUUCAUUGGAUCGAUUCGUUCAGCUAAUCCAAUCGUAUAACAUCAGUACAGAAGAAAUGUCUGGUCUUCGGGUAGAUAUUCCGGCUGUGGGUUUAUUACCGGAUGAGCCAUGGGAAGACGAGAAGAUGUAG